CUUUUUCUACUGGACAUAAGGAAGGCGUUGUAAUAAGGUAAAGGCUUGGUGUCAAAGAAUGCUAGUGACCACGUCACGACUGCGUGGGAACUGAGAACAGGAGGCUUUUACCGCUCCGUGCCAAAUCUGCUGAGCGGUUUCAUCUGCCGCAUUAUUAUUUCAUCAUAAAAGUGGGAAGACAAAGCAGGAUUUGAUGUUUUGUGUGGCACCCAACGGAACAGGACCCAUCAUGAAUGUGACCAAGGGCGGGCUGGUGCUGUUCUCGGCCAAUUCGAACCCAUCAUGCAUGGAGCUAUCGAGGAAGAUCGCUGAGCGCCUCGGAGUAGAGAUGGGCAAAGUCCAGGUUUACCAGGAGCCGAACAGAGAAACGAGGGUUCAGAUCCAAGAGUCCGUGAGAGGGAAAGAUGUCUUCAUCAUCCAGACGGUGUCAAAGGACGUGAACACGACCGUCAUGGAACUCCUGAUCAUGGUGUACGCCUGCAAGACCUCCUGUGCCAAAGGUAUCAUCGGAGUGGUCCCCUACUUCCCGUACAGCAAGCAGUGCAAGAUGCGGAAGAGGGGCUCCAUCGUUUCGAAGCUGCUGGCCUCCAUGCUGUGCAAAGCGGGUCUGACUCACCUAAUCACCAUGGACCUGCAUCAAAAGGAAAUCCAAGGUUUCUUCAACGUUCCCGUCGACAACCUGAGGGCAUCACCAUUUCUACUGCAGUACAUCCAAGAGGAGAUUCCAGACUACAGGAACGCUGUGAUCGUGGCCAAAUCUCCCGCCUCGGCAAAGAGGGCGCAGUCGUUUGCGGAGCGUUUGCGGCUGGGGAUCGCCGUCAUACACGGGGAGGCGCAAGAUGCCGAGUCGGACCUGGUGGAUGGACGUCAUUCACCCCCAACGGCCAAAAACGUCGCUGCCAUUCACCCCAGCUUAGAGAUCCCGAUGCUGAUUCCAAAAGAGAAACCGCCCAUCACCGUCGUCGGGGACGUGGGAGGAAGAAUAGCCAUCAUUGUGGACGACAUGAUCGACGACGUGGAUAGCUUCCUGGCCGCCGCCGAGACGCUCAAAGAGCGAGGGGCGUACAAGAUUUUCGUCAUGGCCACCCACGGCCUCCUUUCCUCGGACGCCCCCCGGUUGAUAGAGGAGUCUGCCAUCGAUGAGGUGGUGGUCACCAACACCAUCCCGCACGAGAUCCAAAAGCUCCAGUGCCCCAAAAUUAAGACCGUGGACAUCAGUAUGAUCCUCUCGGAGGCCAUCCGCCGGAUCCACAACGGGGAGUCCAUGUCGUACCUGUUCCGGAAUAUAGGCCUGGACGACUAACCUCGGAGGCUUUGGAAGAGGGAGAAGGAGGAAAAAAUUCAGGGGCCAAAACUGGACACGGACAGGAUAUUUUUGAACUGUGAAUCUUUGUGGCUUAAUCCUUUGUAUUUCAACGGGAAAACACACCCCACCCCACCCCACCCUAUUGAGUCGCUCCCUUUUAAGUUUACUAAUGAGACUUUGAAAGCUAUUCCCCCCCCCCCCUUUGCUGUUUUUGAGAAAAACAAACAAGACAUGACCCAAAAUAAAAACACCGCAGAAAAACCAGGGGGGGGGGAUUAGUCUGUUAAGUUAGCUGCACUGCUUUAAAGGCACGAUCCGGCGCUUUCCCUGGAUGGGUGUCUUUGAAAGGAACGGUGGUCCGCGCAAGAGCGUUUUGUGGCGCCUGCGUUCCAUAGGAGAACGGUCCCACUAUCAGAAGAGCAGGUUGACUGCUCAUUGUGGGAUCCUUCUCCUAGCUGGCCCGUAGAGGCGCCUCAGAGGAUCUGUGUGCCUGGAUCUUUUCCCACUCGGAAGCCAAAAACUUCACCUUGCGGAAUGAAGACCGCAAGCGAAGGGGGCCUUCCGCAAAACCCUUCCCCACCGGCUGGCUCUCGAGCCGCUCCCAUCUACUUUCCUGAGGCUCGUGUAGAAGGACUUGGUGGAUCGCGCCCGAAAAAUGCAACACGUCCCCACACCCUCCCUUCCGAAAGGAGCGCGGCUCCUCGAUUCGACAUUCCCCAUUUCCAAAACCGCUUGCUUCAACAAGUGCUUUCGAAAGGGUCAGUUUCGGAACAAAUGACAAAAGUAGCCGCCGCGUCAAACUUCUCGCGUCCGCCAAGCCAAAAAACAUUUGCGCCAUCGUCUGCAGCUCAGUGAUCUUUUAUUUUUAUUGUUUUGGGGGGUAGAAGUACUUUUAUAGUAAAAGCAUAUGAAAUAUGCACCGGUAUUUAUUGUUUGUGACAAAAUAAAAUCUUGGGGUUGUUUU